AUGAAGGCAGCCGCAAGGAACAGAUUUAUCAAUAAUUUGUAUCUGAGCACUUUCCUGGUAGCAUUUUCUUCUGUAGCGAUAGCCUCAUUGCUACCGUGUCCUGCUCAUAAAGUUAGUUCUGAUACAAAGAAAAAAACUGAUAAUGAGAAAGUCGAAAACGUCUAG